AGCAUCUCAGCGGCUCCUUUGGCCUUUCUUGACGCUCACUGCCUUGUACUUAGUACCAGUCCCUCAUUUCAGGCAUAUUUGCUCUUAUACUAUUCAUUCGUUCUCUCUCUUCUUCUUUCUUUUUCUGUUUCUUUCUUUAUUUUUUUGUGUGUGUAGGGGGGAUUAUUUUCCUCGAUCCAGCACAUCGACAAUGGCUCCUAGAACCCCAAUCACUCGUUUCCUUUCCUUUUUCCUUUUUGCAUUUGUUGCACUCCUAUGCAUCUACCAUGGCACUCAGUCUGGUAGUCUCCCCCUGACCACCUAUGCUAAGCGCUCACUGCCCGAUGGUGCGACCAUCCAGCCCCGGCUGGACCUUGGUACUGAGCUUCAUCUCCUAUCAAAGCGUGCUCCUCCUAAGAACAGGGCCGAGGCAGCUGAGAAAGGCAGAGGGUAUAUGUGCCAGCUAGAGGACAUAGAACCAAUUGAUUUGCCUUCCGAGCGUACAGAUUCUCAAGCGUUCAACAAAGAUUGGUCUCCACGACCUUACGGAUUGAGCAACGGCGAGCCUACCGAGACAGGAUCAAUAAUUCCAGUGGCAUUGGCCGCGAAAGGUCUACCCAUUAAUAUAGGAGAUCGAGGUCUGAAGGGGUUGAUCUAUGAGCAGCGUGAGCAAUAUAAAGUUGAUAACUCAUACUAUGCGCCUACAUUUGGAUUCUACAAGGCCAGUAUAAGCACCAAGGCGGGCUACAUCUCCGCAGAAGAAAAUAUAAGUCCAGCCCACAUGAUUGCCGAGGAUAUGCCGGGAAACCCCUCCCCAGUCAUUUCUAGGUUAUCUGAUGUUUACUUUUUGAUGUGGAAGGAAGUGGCAGGCAAGUCGGAGGCCGAAUUAAAAAAUAUCAAAUACUUUGUCCGCCACCAUGUGAUUAACGGGAACUCUUUGGAUGUUGCUCUGGAGGUGGCCAGUGGAAAGCCUCUUCCACCCAGAGAGAAAAAUAAGCCUAGGGACACGAGCAUGGUCGAAGAAUGGCCGGGUAAGUCCUAUGACAUGUCCACUGAUGAUGGUAAGGCGAUCUUGGGGACUCCCAAUGGUGUCGGUGUAGCCCGUUUCCUCAUGGACCACAAGCUAGAAUUGGGAGUUAAGGCCCCCAGCAAGGUGACUCUCUUCAAGACUACUGGUCACACAAAUGCCGACACCAACCAGCCAGAGGACUGGAUCCAUUUCCUAUUCGAAAUCAGCCCUGUUCAGAAGAAGAAGCGGAGGGGAAGGAAGUAAACAAUGGGGGCUAGCUAGAUCUCCCAACGCCUUUCAUAUUCAAGGGGAAUUUAUUCUCUAGUUCGGAGCCAAGGGGACGAAAGAUUUUCAGACUAGGAGCUCCAGGAUGGAGUGCAGAGUUUCAGUCUAAGUAAAUUUAAGUGGGCUGUUUCUCCUUUCGUGCUUGGCAGACAUGGAUGAGUGGG